AUGGCAGCGACUCUUAUAACUACACUCUGUUCGGCUUUGCUAUUUGCUGCUUCAGCUUUUGCUGCUCUUCAGCCUAGAGUGCCAGAAGCUUACCUCCAAAAUGGAAACUUUGAGGAGAUGCCAAACCCGAGAGACCUCAAGAAAACAAAACUCAUUGGGAAAUAUGCUCUGCCCAAAUGGGAAAUCAAUGGUCUGGUUGAGUAUGUCUCUGGGGGUCCCCAACCUGGAGGCAUGUUUUUCCCAGUGACUCAUGGAAUACAUGCUGUGAGGCUUGGCAAUGAAGCCUCAAUCUCGCAGACCAUCAAGGUCAAAUCUGGUCAAAUGUAUGCUCUAAUUCUUGGGGCAUCUAGGACUUGUGCACAAGAUGAAGUUUUGAGAAUCUCUGUGCCUCCACAGACUGGUGAUGUUCCUUUGCAAACCCUUUAUAACCUCAAUGGUGAUGUUAUUGCUUGGGGAUUCAAGGCCACUUCUGAUAUUGCCAAAGUGACUUUCCACAAUCCUGGAGUUCAAGAAGAUCCAGCUUGUGGUCCACUUUUGGAUGCCAUUGCUAUCAGAGAGUUCUACCCUCCAAGGCCUACAAGAGUUAAUUUGGUUAAAAAUCCUGGCUUUGAAGAGGGUCCAUUCCCAAUUUUCAACUCUACCAAUGGUGUUCUGGUCCCUCCACAGCAGCAAGAUCUCAUGUCUCCACUCCCAGGUUGGAUUAUUGAAUCCCUCAAAGCUGUGAAGUUCAUUGAUUCAAAGCAUUUCAAUGUCCCAUUUGGGCUGGGAGCAGUAGAGCUUGUGGCUGGAAGGGAAAGUGCAAUUGCCCAAAUCCUGAGAACAGUUACCAACAAAGUCUACAACAUUACAUUUUCUGUUGGAGAUGCCAAAAAUGGGUGCCAUGGUUCAAUGAUGGUUGAAGCAUUUGCCGCAAAAGAUACCUUUAAAGUUCCCUACAAAUCUGAAGGGAAGGGUAGUUUCAAGACUGUGAGUUUCAAGUUCAAAGCAAUUGCACCCAGAACCAGACUCACAUUCUACAGCUCCUUCUACCAUACCAGAAUUGAUGAUUAUGGAUCACUUUGUGGCCCUGUUCUUGAUCGAGUUAUAGUGUUCCCUGUUGUUGCCUAAAUGUGAUUUUCACCUUAUUGUAAUACGUAGUAAUGGAGAUUUUUGCUAGUCAC